UAGAUUUCUUCAGAGUCAUCGUUGCUUGUCAGUAUCAGCUCCCGCCGGUAUAUUUUCUCUCCCAUCCGCUAAAAGAACCCCAGAUUCGCCAGAAUGCCUUUGGAAAACCUGGAAGAAGAAGGAUUACCCAAAAACCCCGACCUGAGAAUCGCGCAGCUGAAGUUUUUGCUGACUCUCGAUGACCACAGACAGGACGCUGAAGUGAAGACCGAGCUCAUGGAGGCGAUCCGGGCGAACAACAUGGCUCCUUACUACGAGACCUUAUGUAAAGAGCUGAAGUGGCCCGUGGACUCGGACCUGCUGAGCAAAAUGAAGAAGGCCAAUGAGGACGAGCUGAAGCGUCUGGACGUGGUCCUGGAGGACGCAGAGAAGAACCAGGGCGAGAGCGAGAUCCGGGACGCCAUGAUGGCCAAAGCAGAGUAUCUGAUUAGGAUUGGAGACAAGGAAGGAGCUCUGACUGCCUUUAGGAAAACCUAUGACAAAACCGUAGCCCUGGGCCACCGCUUAGACAUCGUCUUCUACCUGCUGAGGAUCGGGCUGUUUUACAUGGACAGCGAUCUCAUCACGCGCAACACCGAGAAAGCCAAGAGUCUGAUCGAAGAGGGCGGAGACUGGGACCGCAGGAACCGUCUGAAGGUGUAUCAGGGCCUGUACUGCGUCGCCAUCAGAGACUUCAAGCAGGCCGCCGAGCUUUUCCUCGACACCGUGUCCACCUUCACCUCGUACGAGCUCAUGGACUACAAGACUUUCGUCACGUACACCGUCUACGUGUGCAUGAUAGCGCUGAAGAGGCCGGACCUCAGGGAGAAGGUGAUUAAAGGUGCAGAGAUUCUGGAGGUGCUGCACAGUUUGUCCGAGGUGCGUCAGUACCUGUUCUCCCUCUACGAGUGCCGUUACUCCGUCUUCUUCAAGUCUCUCGCUCACGUGGAGCAGGAAAUGAAGAGGGACUGGCUCUUCGCCCCUCACUACCGUUACUACGUGCGUGAAAUGAGGAUUUUGGCCUACAACCAGCUCUUGGAGUCGUACCGCUCUCUCACCCUGGGCUACAUGGCCGAGGCCUUCGGAGUCAGCACGGAGUUCAUCGACCAGGAGCUCUCACGAUUUAUCGCCGCAGGCCGCUUGCACUGUAAGAUCGACAAAGUGAACGAGAUCGUCGAGACCAACAGGCCUGACAGUAAGAACUGGCAGUAUCAGGAAACCAUAAAGAAAGGCGACCUCCUGCUGAACAGAGUGCAGAAGCUUUCUCGGGUCAUCAACAUGUAGGAGACUUUCAUUCGCCGUUCCAUGGUUGUUCUGAUACAGUUCAGUUGACUUGACUUUUGUUUUAUGUACAGUAUCUAAUAAACCCUUUUCAGAGAAAA